AUGUGUGGCGUCACUGGCUUGAUGCUCGGCGACCCGGAGGCCACUACGGCUGCCAUCGAGCUGCACGAGAGUCUCUACUACCUCCAACACGCAAGCCAGGAUGCUGCCGGUAUCUCAGUCUGUAACGGAGGCCGAGUCUACCAGCGGAAGGGCCUGGGCAUGGCGCAAAAGGUCUUUUCCGAGUUUGACGGGUUUGCUCUCCUCGAGCAGCUGCCUGGUGCUUUCGGCAUUGCCCACGUCCGCUAUCCCACCGCCGGCACCUCGUCUGCAUCUGAAGCGCAGCCGCUAUACGUCAACUCCCCCUUUGGCCUGUCCAUCAGCGUCAACGGCAACCUCAUCAACCCCGACUACCUUCGCGAGUUCCUGGACAGCGAGGCCCGCCGACACAUCAACUCGGACUCGGACUCUGAGCUCCUGCUCAACGUUUUUGCCCAUUCGCUUAAUGAGCUCGGCAAGGCUCGAGUCAACGUCGACGACAUCUUCGCCUCUCUGCGUGACGUCUAUGCCAAGUGCCAGGGAGCUUAUGCUUGCACUGCCAUGGUCACUGGAUUUGGUAUUCUAGGUUUCAGAGACGCAAACGGCAUUCGACCUCUCUGCUUCGGCUCUCGACCGUCUCAAACCCUGCCUGGCGCCAAGGAUUACUUCCUCGCCUCGGAAUCCGUUGCUCUCAGACAGCUUGGAUUCACCGAUAUCAUCGACAUCAAGCCCGGCCAGGCCGUCUUCUGCCAGAAGAACGGCACUGUCCACUUCCGCCAGAUCGUGGAGCCGAAAUCGUAUACCCCUGACGUCUUCGAGUACGUCUACCUGGCUCGACCUGACAGCUGCAUUGAUGGCAUUUCCGUGCACCGCAGCCGGCAAAACAUGGGUGUUAAGCUGGCAAAGAAGAUGAGGGAGGUCCUGACUGAAAAGGAGAUUGCGGAGAUCGAUGUUGUCAUCCCGGUUCCAGAGACUAGUAACACGGCCGCGGCUACUCUGGCAAGCUGUCUGGAUCGUCCGUACUCAAAUGCUUUCGUGAAGAACCGCUAUGCUAACUUCAGUUUUGUCUUCCGCACUUUCAUCUUGCCUGGCCAAGAGGCUCGAAAGAAGGGCAUCCGUCGAAAGCUCUCCCCUAUCGAAUCCGAGUUUGACGGAAAGGCGAUUUGCAUCGUUGACGACUCCAUCGUGAGAGGAAACACAUCGCGUGAGAUUGUGCAAAUGGCUAGGGAAGCUGGAGCAACUCGUGUCUACGUUGUCUCAUGUUCUCCCGAGAUCAUGAACCAGCACAUCUACGGAAUCGAUCUCGCCGACCCUGAUGAACUUGUGGCAUACAACAGAACCACCGAACAAGUUGCCGAGAACAUCCAGGCGGACAAGGUCAUCUUCCAGAGCUUGGAUGACCUCAAGGCGGCCUGCGUCGAAGCGGCUGGAGAAGGAAGCGAGGUCAAGGAGUUCGAGGUCGGAGUCUUCUCCGGCAAGUACAUCACCGAGGUGCCCGAUGGCUACUUUGAGCACAUUAGCCAGCUCCGAGGCAAGAACAAGAAGCGCAAGACGCCCAACUGCUCAGAGGCCAUGCUGAUUGCCAACGGCGGCGUCGUCAACAUGGCCCCCGGCCAAAAUGGAGCACAGGGCAAUGGGACCAGGAACGGCGUCAUGAGCCCGUCCUACCGGGAGGAUAUUAAGUAA